GGCUCUUGGUUUUUCAAAAAUCAAAUAGUUACAAAGAUGUAGUGACCACUCAAAUAUAAAUUUAAUAUACGCGAAAUUAAAUUUCAGACCUUCACAAAAAGUGAAAAUUCUCCCAGUUUGCACGUAUUGGGCCUUCACUUAGAGCGCAUGAGUGAGAAGUCUGACAGUGAAGUCUUAUUUUGACAGACAGAGAAAGAGAGACUGACACUAUACAACAUUUAAAGGCAAUACAUACGUAGCUUGAUCCCUGCAGCUUGAUCCCUGCUCUCUCUCUCUCCCUCUCCCUCUUAUGCUUCUGAGAAGUACAGAGAGAUCAUGAAGAAAUCUUACAAUUUCUCAGAAGAAAGCAAGAGAGCUGAUCAAUCCAGUUCCCCAUAUAAUGGAGCUCUGCUUCUCCCCAUGGCUUCCAGUAUCUCUGCUCCUGCUUUGCUGAGCCAAAACAGAGACUUUCCACCAUCAUCUUCUUCAUCUUUCUCCACAGAUGCACGCACGGUAGCUGCUCUGAGGACUCACAGUCUGGCCGAGAAGAGAAGAAGAGAGAGGAUUAAUGCUCAUUUAGCUACUCUCAGGCACAUGACCCCCAAUUCUAGUAAGAUGGACAAAGCAUCUCUACUCGCGCGAGUGAUCGAACAAGUGAGAGAUCUGAACCGAAAUGCUGCCAACAUAAACAAAAUCUCAGCCAUUCCUUCAGAGAUGAAUCGAGUGACUGUAGAAUGUAUCAGUGGGGGCUUAAUCAGAUCACCAUUCUCCUCUUGUGCUGAUGAAAAUAGACACAUAAAGGCCACUCUUUGCUGCAACGAUAGACCAGAUCUCUUCUCGGAUUUAAUGAGGGCGUUUCACAUACUGAGGCUCACAGCAAUAAGAGCCGAGCUGACAUCAGUGGGAGGAAGAGCACAAAAUGUCUUCACUCUAUGCAGGAAUGAUGGCAGUGAAAAUGUGUGCAUGAGUUCUCUUAUGGAAUCUAUCAGAAAUGUUCUCAAUGAGAUUGCUUCUUCAGAGGAUUCUGCUUUCGUUGAUCGAUCAGAGAAGAGGCAAAGGUUUUUGGCUACAAAUUACUUUAAUAUGACUGUUUAGGAUGGAGUAGUUAGAAUUGAUGAAUUUUAUUAGGUUUUUAGUAUUUGGUUGGAUGGAAUGGCCAUUUUGUUUGUAGAAAUGAACUGGUUUUGAAAAAUGAUGAGAUUUAGUAGAUUGCGUUGU